AUGCCUCGCUCUUUCCUGGUCAAGAAGAUCAAGGCGGACGCUUUCCAGCCCAGCCCGGUGCCGGCGCCCACCUACCAACCCCUGGAAACUUCGUACCAUGAACCCGGAAGCAGCGGUGUCGCCGGAGGGGAUGGGUACCUCCAGGCCUGCCUCACGUCGUCCAGCUACAAGAAUGAAAAAAAACCAGGCCCCCUCCUGCCGCCCUCAGACCCUGUUUACACGCCGAUCCACGAGGACUACAGCGACCCCGAGAGCCCCCAGUCCAGCCUCUCCGCCCACUACUUCCAUGGCGAAGCUGCCGUCACAGAGAGCUAUUCGAUGGACGCCUUCUUCAUUACCGACGGCCGGUCCCGGAGGCGCAGCGAGGGCCAGCGCCGCGGCAGCCACCGCCACUCCUGCAACGAAUGUGGCAAGUCCUACGCCACCUCCUCCAACCUCAGCCGGCACAAGCAGACGCACCGUAGCCUGGACAGCAAGAUGGCUCGGAAGUGCCCCACCUGCAGCAAGGCCUACGUCUCCAUGCCGGCGCUGGCCAUGCACAUCCUGACCCACAACCUCAAACACAAGUGUGACGUGUGUGGCAAGGCCUUCAGCCGGCCCUGGCUGCUGCAGGGCCACAUGCGCUCCCACACGGGCGAGAAGCCCUUCGGCUGCUCCCACUGUGGGAAGGCCUUUGCCGACCGCUCCAACCUGAGGGCUCACAUGCAGACUCACUCGGCGUUCAAGCAUUACAAGUGCAAACAGUGCGAGAAGACCUUUGCCCUCAAGUCGUACCUCAACAAGCACUACGAGUCCGCCUGCUUCAAGGGGUCCGAGCACACCUGCGAAAUGGACAACUGAGCGGCAAACUCCCCCCGCGCGCUUUCGCUGUGGCGGGAGGGAAGGAAGGGCACAGAAGACACGGUAUGGUUUCAAGCCCUGCAGGAUCUGGGGUGAAAACCUGACUUUUGAAGCUUGCCAUGACCCGGGCAUCAUUUUCUUCCUGAGAGGCUCUCCUUGGGCAAAACGUGGGGAGAGUUCUUCUUGAAACCCACACAGUACUUUGGGAAGACAUCAACAGCUGGUCACAAGGCUCAGCUGCCGUCUGCACUGUCUUCUCCUUCCUUCUCCAAACCCACCAACUGAAGCAAUAACUCCAGUCUCA